UUCCUGCGUGGCCAUGAAUAUAUUGAGACAGAAUUGGGCGACCUCCAGAUGACCUUAGAAGCCAGUGCCAACAAUAUGGCUUCGUUCAAGUCCUUGGCAACCGAAGGACGCUAUUUGAAGCCACUACUCAUUUCCAUGAUCCUGAUGUUCGGCCAACAACUGUCGGGGGUAAAUGCUGUGCUCUUCUUCAGCGUCAACAUCUUUGAAGCUGCGGGCACUUCACUCAAUUCGUUCAUUGAGAACAUCAUUUUGGCGGGAGUGCAAGUGGUUGCUACCAUCUUGGCUUCUCUGUUUAUUGACCGACUAGGUCGACGAUUUCUGUUGAUCUUUUCUGCCUUGGUCAUGUCAUUGGCCGCUUUUGGUUUGGGCACGUACUUUUGGAUUCUCUCCCAUGAUCCAGCCGAGGCCCAUGCCAUUGGUUUCCUCCCUCUCAGCAGUUUGUGCGUGUUCAUCUUUGCCUUCUCGGUGGGCUUUGGUCCCAUUCCGUGGUUAAUGAUGGGGGAACUUUUUGGACCCGAAGUCAAAGAAAAGGCCAGUACAGUCUCAGCAUGCUUCAAUUGGAGUCUGGCCUUUUGUGUGACCCAAUUCUAUUCUCCUCUGGCGCAUGAAGUGGGAAGUGCAUCCACGUUCUGGGGAUUUGCCACGGUGUUGGUUGUCAUCAUGGUGUUCUCCAUCGUGGUGGUACCCGAAACCAAAGGCAGGACCUUGGAAGAGAUCCAGGAUCUGUUCCGUCCCGCUCAAUCGUCGGCAGGGCGAAGCAAUCAACCAGAAGGAGACCUCCCCGAAAGUUUCGGCCCUGAUGAGCGACCCUCGGCCCCUCUUAUUCUUAAUGCCGACCUUUUGGACGACCAACCUGAACGAGAAAGAGAGCCGCAGACCAGGCACGAGCCCAAUUCCAUGUCCAACCAACAUCGAUCUGAUACGGUCUCAGUCUAAUGUACAUGUCGCAUUCCAAACGUGUGGAAUUCCUUCUUUGAAAUGUCUCUCCCCGCAAUGAUAAAAAUAUCAACAUAAUGAAUAACCAAA